AUGGAAGAAAUUCCUCAAGGAAUAUGCGGACCUCACAUGAAUACAAUAAUUCUCGCCAAGAAGAUAGUGAGGCUGGGGUAUUACUGGGCCACUUUGGAAGCAGAUUGCACAACUUUUGUCAAGAGGUGUCACAACUACCAGAUAUUUGCCAACAUAGUCCAUGUCCUGCCAAUAGAGCUUCAUUCCUUGAGAGCUCCUUGGCCGUUCUCUACUUGGGGCAUAGAUAUCAUAGGGAAGGUCAAUCCCAAGGCAUCCAACGGGCACAAGUUCAUCCUAGUGGCUAUCAACUACUUCACAAAGUGGGUCAAAGCACAAUCUUAUACUGUCUUGACUGUUGCAAAGGUAGAAAAAUUCAUCAAGGAAAAUAUCAUCUGUCGAUAUAGAGUACCUCUAGAUAUCAUAUCUGAUCAAAGCACACAUUUCUGGGCAAAGGCCGAUGAAAUCUGUACUAAGUUCAGUAUCAAGAGGCAUAGAUCCACAAUUUACAUGCCACAAACUAAUGCGGCAAUGGAAGCAGACAACAAGAACAUGAAGGUCAUAUUACAAAAAUGGCAGAUACUCACAAGGAUUAGGUUGACAAGCUUCCAUAUGCAUUAUGGGCUUAUCGAACAUGAAUUCACACCUCAACUAGGGAAACUCUGGACUCUCUAG